AAUAAAGCUUGCUCCCCCCCCCCCAAAAAAAACCCCCACAACCCCUUAGGGUCUCCAUAAGUCUGGAGCAACUUGAAGGCACCCUAGUGUGUGAACUAAAAGAGGCCUCCAUGGCUGGUUUGGAAAGUCUAGCUGCUUUUCCUGAACUUGCCUCCUCUAGAAUUGUCAGGCUGCAGUCCCCAUCUGCCUUGCUGACUCUUCUGCUAGCUGGGGGUUUAACAUCUGGAGAGCGCUGGGAUGGGGAAACCUCGGUUACAGCCAGGAUUAAGAACUAGGAAUUUGGGUUCGGAAGGAUUUCACUGGGUGCCACCACAAGCUUAUAAGUGUUGGCAUGGCAUAAUGGUUUGAGUGUACGGGUGUGAUUUUAAGAUUCUGGAGACCAGGGUUCAAUUUCCAGCUUGACCAUGGAAACCCACUAGAUGCCCCUGGGCAAGUCACACUCUCUCUGCCUCGGGUGGGCAAUGGCAACCAUCCUCUGAACAAUUUUUGCCCCCCCCAAAAAACCCAUAAUAGAGUCGCCAUAAGUUGGAAAUGACUUGAAGGGACAUAACAACAACAUGAUGGGGGAGUCUGGGGGUGGCAGCCCACCAGAAGGUGUGUGGCUGGCAAAGGAAAGACCCCAGAGCAAAGCUGAGCCCUGGCCAUCUUGUGAAGCCAGUGCACAGCCACUCUGCCUCUUCAGGUCCUCUGUUUGGGCUUCCAUUUAAGUUGGUGGGUUCCUUUUCUCUUUUUUCACCUCAGAAACCGACAUGAAUGGCUCACAGCUGGUGCUCAGCAGUGGAAAGACUGCACCAGAAACGCACCAGGAGGAAACAGGAAGGCCAGAUAUGAAUUUUCCCUCUCUUGUGUCAUGAAGCAAGACCAUAGUGAUAAGCAGUGAGCAGAGCAGCAGUAGCAACAGUGCCUGUGGGAGAAGACAAGAUGAAUGCUCUGUGCCAGGAGCUGUUGCUGCCUGGCCCAGUAGUAGCUGGCAAUGAAGACAGACAUGGUCUCUCUAAUGAGAACCUUACAGUUGGACAGAGCUUGCUGUUAACAGAGGCUUCUGUGGUAGGGGCAGAAACAUCUGGUGUUGAAAUAUUUGUAGAAGCCAUGGCUGACACCAUGUCUCUCAGCAACCCUGAUAACACUACAGAAGUCUUAGUUAAAGUUGUGGAACUAUAUUUCUGUGAACGGUGUGGGCAGAGCUUUUCUGAUCCUAGUCUUCUUUCUGAGCAUCAGUGUGUUGAGAUUUCCAGAGGACAACUUGCAAGCAUCCCUCAGCUUCAAGGGUUACCUCUAGCCCUUGCAAGCCAGGACCUGGCUGUUGCUGCAGAACACCCAACUGUCCCCCAGACCGCAGUGCAGAACAUGCUGGAUGGGAGCAGACAGGACCUAGAAUUCUGCCCUGAGCUUCUCCUGUGCCCUGUUUGCCAGGUGGAGUUUUCCCUGCCUGCAGAACUGAAGGAGCACUUUAAGGAUCACCACCAACACCAGGGUGCUCCAGUCUGCCCUGUGGAGGAUUGUCAAUUCAGCUCAGAGGAUCGAAAGCAGCUCCGGGGGCACAUGCGGCACAUCCAUCAGGUCUCUCCAAUUGCCUGUACCUAUCGUGGUUGUCCCAUCCUGUUCCAAAACCGAGAAGACAUGGAGUUUCAUCGCAGGAGCCACUUCCCAUUCCACUGUGGCCGUUGUGACUUCAUCAGUGCUAACACCAAGCAGUUUGGGUUGCACAGGCACAGCCACUUGCAUGAAGCCACACAACAAGAAAAGGCAGCCACAGCAGUGCUGGAAACAAGUGCAGGUUCUGAGAGUGCUGAGCACAGCUUCACUGCUGUAGUAGGAAAGGAGCUGACUGACCAUCUCCUUCUGAACUCAGGAACGGCAGAAGUGAUGCAAAAGGCAGAGAAUUCCCUCAGAAUUCAGAGUGGUUGGAAAGUGACAGAAAUGGAGAGUGGCCUGGGAACUCAUGCUGGUCACAAUGAUAUGCAUCCGGAAGACAUGAGGACAUUGACCAAGGAAGACAGUCUUGGGAAUGGAAGAGAUGAAUUACUAGAAGAAGAAGGAGAUGAAGAGGAGGAGGAAGAGGGAGAGGAAAACUUUUGCAAGAAAGCAUCUUCUGAGUUAACAAAGGUCUCUCAGAACCAGCUUCUCAAAGGAGAUGUAGCUGAGGAUUCCAAAUGCUUGUUCAAGACCCACAUGUGUCCAGAGUGCAAGCGCUGUUUUAAAAAGCGAACUCACCUUGUGGAACACCUUCACCUGCACUUCCCUGAUCCAAGGUUGCAGUGCCCAAACUGUCAGAAAUUUUUCACUAGCAAAAGCAAGCUGAAGAUCCACAUGAUGCGCGAGACUGGAGAGAAGGCCCAUCGUUGCCCGCUUUGUCACUACAGCUCUGUGGAGAAGAAUGCCCUCAACCGUCACAUGGCCAGUAUGCACGAGGACAUAUCCAACUUCUAUUCAGAUGUCUAUUCCUGCCCUGUGUGCAAAGAAACAUUUAAACUGAGCCAUGCCCUCAAGGAGCAUCUGAAGACUCACAAAGCAGAGCCCAAGCAACUAAACUGUUUUCAAGUGGGCUGUACCUACUGCACUCAGGACCGCAAGGAGUUCCUACGGCAUGUCAGGGAGGCUCAUGGCAUUAAAGCCGUGGAGUGCAAGUACUAUGCCUGCUCCCUGCUCUUCCCCACUGCAGAAAUCAUGGAGGUACAUCGUAAGACACACUAUGCCUUCCACUGCCAGCAGUGUGAUUUCAUUUGUUCCAACAAGCAUGUCUUCCGCAAGCAUAAGAAGCAAGGCCACCCAGGAAAUGAACAGCUCAAAUGCAGCUUUUGCCCUUUUGCCACAUUCAACUCAGUGGAAUUUCAUGACCACGUUGGCAAGAUGCAUGCCAGUGAGAAGAUCCACAAGUGCACAGAAUGCAACUUUGCCACUGCGCACAAGAGGGUCCUCAUUCGGCACAUGCUGCUCCACACAGGAGAGAAGCCUCACAAGUGCCAGCUUUGUGACUUCACUUGUCGAGAUGUGAGCUACCUUUCCAAACAUAUGCUGACCCACUCUGAUGAUAAGAACUACAUGUGUACGGAGUGUGGCUAUGUGACAAAGUGGAAGCACUACCUGAAUGUCCACAUGCGGAAGCACACCGGAGAUCUCAGGUACCAGUGUAACCAGUGUCCAUACCGCUGCCAUCGGGCUGACCAACUGAGCAGCCACAAGCUGCGCCACCAGGGCAAGUCCUUGAUCUGUGAGGUGUGUGCCUUUGCUUGCAAGCGCAAGUAUGAGCUCCAGAAGCACAUGCAAGCAAAGCAUUCCCAGGAUUACCAGUCUCCCAUCUUCCAGUGCCAGUACUGCAGUUACCAGACCAAAUACAAGCAAGCCCUGCUCAACCAUGAGAACUGUAAGCACACCAAGCAGAGAGAGUUCCGUUGUGCCCUGUGCCCUUACCGUACCUUCAGCAACACAAGCCUCUUUUUCCACAAGCGCAAGAUCCAUGGUUAUGUACCUGGUGACAAGAGUUGGCAGGAGAACUAUGCCAGCAGGGAGCUGGAGGCCACCUCUGCUGAGGUGCUGUUCAACUAUAACCUUGCCAUGGCACUGCCUUUGGAGCCGAUCCCUUCCCUGCCAGGGAGGGAGCCAUGGCAUGACAAAGUCAAAGCCCUGGUUUCAGAGGUUGAGGAGGAAGAUUGCAACCAGGAGGCACUCAUCACACCUCUCUUUGGCAAUGAAAACAACACUGAGAGGGAAAGAGAAGAAGUUGUGAGAGAGCAAGACCAUUGUAAGGCAGAUGGGACCCUUUCGGAACAGCUCUCCCUGAAAGCAUCUUCUGAGAGCUCAAGAGAACCAGAUAGUGCCAUUGAGGCAGUCCCUAGUUGCACCCUGCAUUUGGAGCCACUGUGUAACUCAGACCCAGUUCUGGAGCAGCUGACUGAAAAGAUGCCUUCAGCUGUGCCUGAGACUGGCAUGACUCUGGACUGCAGGGAGGUGGGCCAUGCCUAUGAAGUGUUAGGCUCCAGGGAUUCCCUUGUUCUGGAAGAUAGUGAACCUGGUCUUGAAGAUAUUCCUGACUUUGAGGAGGAGGCAGAGGUCCAUGGGGACGGUGAUUUGGAGUUGGAAAAAGAUGUUUGUUCUAGUACUAGUGAUAAGUGUGCUUUGCAGAACCUGGGGGAUGUCGAAGCAGAGCAGAACUCUGAACAUCUGCAGGCACCACCCAGUCCUCAGGAGGGAGAAGGGUGCAAAGAGCCAAAUGUCCAGGAGGUUUGUUCAUAUGUGUUAAAGCAAGACUGCCUCCAGCCUGGUCCUAGCCAUGAGACACCCCUUGCCCCAGAAACCGAACUUCUGACUUCUGAAGACAGUUCCCAGUCAGAAUCAGUGCUUAAAGCUCUAAGGAAGCAGGACAAAGAAGAAGCAGAAAACCUGGUCCUGGAAGGGAGGGUGCAGAUGUUGAUGGUUCAGUCUGAGAGUCGGGUCUUUAAGUGUGAGAAAUGUUCCUAUAUCACCAGGAAGGAGAAGUCCAUGUUGGUCCACUGCAGAGGUGGCUGUCAAGGCAAGAAAUAUCCCUUGGUGUGCCAGGAGUGUAAGGCUAUCUUCAAGCAGCAGAGAGGCCUGAAUACCCAUAUCCUUAAGAAGUGUCCAGUUCUCAUGAAGAAGAACAGCGGGAAAGCAACCUGCUCAGACCAGUCUGCUGGGGUACAGUCCAGUGAGAAAAGCUUGGAGAUAGCUGAGGUAAAGAAGAAUGGUAUAGGUGCCUUAGAUGAGGCAGAAGUGAGCAAGCUGCAAGAAGUUUCUUGGGAAGUAGGAGAGAGGCCUGUUGAUGCUGACUCUGUGGCUGCUCUCCUUCUUGACCAUCAGCCCAUGGCUAUCAGUUUGCAUGGCAAGCAAUCUCAGGAUGACCCUGAAACAGAAAUGGAAGAGCAAUUGCCAGAAACUGUGGUAGGUCCUGCUAUCUAUCACUCAGAGAGAUACUAUCUGGAGCAGGGCAAAUUCCACUGCAAAUCCUGCCGCUUCAUCUGUUCACGGGUGUCUACCAUCCGCUCCCACGUGGAUGAUGUCUGCCGUGGCCUGGAGCAGUUCUGGUGUCCCUUGUGUUCCAAGCCCUUCCACUCUAAGAGGGCCCUUAGGAUCCAUCAGUUGGAAGGGCAUGUUGAAGCUCAUCCUGCUAAGCCAUUUGAAGGUUCCAAUGGUACCACACACCCUGAGGAAGGAGAAGAGCAAGAGAAUGGACAAAUCAGCCACAGGAAGGUUGGUCAGUCUGAUGGGCUAAUGGAGCCAAUGCCUUCCCAUCCACUCACCCUCCAGAAGAGGCGGCACUUUUCAUGCCCUACCUGCUCUUUCACAUGCCAUCAGGAACGCGCCUUGAAGACACACAAGAAGCGAGGCUGCCUGAAGCUGGGUGAGUUUCGCUGCACGCUGUGCUCCUUCACCUCCAAGGCUGCUGCGACCCUCCGGCUCCACCGCAAGCUCCACCGGAAGUACUAUGGUGCAAGGCCCCAGCUGGCUUGUUGUCAGUGUGACUUCACCUGUAAGCAGUUACGCUGCCUGCGCCAGCACAUCCGCAUCAAGCAUGAAGGUGUGAAGCCCCACAAGUGCCCUUACUGUGAAUUCAGCACAACUCGGCGCUACCGCCUGGAUGCCCAUCAAUCCCUGCAUACGGGUGUGGGCCGCAUUGCCUGCCCUACCUGUGACCAGACCUUUGGCACCAAUUCCAAACUGCGCAUUCAUCGCUUGCGUGUCCACGAGAAGAAACCCACCCACUUCUGCCCGCUGUGUGACUACAGUGGCUACAUUCAGAAUGACAUCACCCGCCAUGUCAACAGCUGUCACCAAGGGGAGCUGAACUUUGCCUGCUCACACUGUGAGGCCCGCUUCAGUUCAGAAACAGCUCUCAAGCAGCACGCUCUGCGACAACAUGAAGAGAAAAUCUCCUAUAGUUGUCCUCACUGCGACUUUGUAUGCCACAGUGAGGCUACUCUCAAGUGCCAUGCUCAGAAGCAGCACCCUCACCUGGAGUGUGCAACCUGUAAGGAGACUCUGACCACCCGUGAGGAACUGGAGGAGCAUAAGAAGUUACACUUCAGUCAUCGCUGCAGCAUCUGCAGCUUUGCUGCCAAAGAGCGGCAGCAACUGGUAAGCCAUUACUUGGAAGCCCACGAGCCUUCUGUGGCAGUGGAAAGGCCACUCAGGUGUUCCUUCUGUGACUUUGGGUGCCAUCAUCAGCUGGUGUUCAACCACCACAUGAAGAGCCAUGGUGGUACUCGCAUCUACAAGUGCUCUGACUGCAAGUACACCACUAAGAACAAGCAAAAGAUCACAUGGCACAUCCGCAUCCAUACUGGAGAGAAGCCUUAUAAAUGCCACCAGUGCCAGUAUGCUUGUGCUGACCCUUCACGCCUCAAGUAUCACAUGCGUAUCCAUAAGGAAGAGAGGAAGUACCUUUGCCCUGAAUGUGGCUACAAGUGCAAAUGGGUGAAUCAGCUAAAGUACCAUAUGACAAAGCAUACAGGAGGUGGAGGGACUGGAACAGAAGUGCGCUGAACUUUCAGUAGAGUGGUAAGAGGCUGAGGUUGGGACGAGAAGGAUGAAACAGCAUGGAUGAGAUGUGCUAGGCUCUCAAAAUUUUUAUUUUGAAUGAUACUUUGGAUGGGGCCAAACAGAAAGAGUGAAGGAAUGAGUGAAGCACUGGACAGUCUUGUAGACACUGAUUUUGAUGUUCAUAUGUAACCCCGUGCGUUCUGUACUCUGCGAAUAGUGAGCUUGGUACCAAGACCCCCAAUAGAUACCAAAAUAUGCGAAUGCUCAAGUUCAGUUAAAUAGAAUGGCUAAGUAAAAUAUUGCCUCUUGUACAAAAUGACAAAAUCAAGGUUUGGUUUCUGGAAUUCAUAUAGUUUUUGAAUAUUUUCAAGCCAUGGAUGGUUGAAUCUAUGGAUAAGCAAUCCAUGUAUAUGGAGGGUCACCUGUAAUUUAGGCCUGUACCAAUUACUUGCCUAUGACUAAGGUUAGCUGCCUAAAUGGUAGUUUUUCUACAGCCAUUUCCACAUCCCAGAUGAUGAUGGUAAUUAUGAAAUGAAUAAUAAUGCACUACACUGUUGAAAGCUGUUGUUGUCACUCAGUUGCUUCAUUUUGGGAACUGUUCCUGCAGGCUAGUGAAUUCAUUUUUGUUAGCCAGUUGUUAAAGCUCAGAUCCAGUAUAUGAUACUCUAGUAUAGUAGGGUCAAAACACAGAGCAGCAGGGAGUAGAAAACAAGGAUGGUCUGCCAUGAUCAACCUCAGCAACAUUUCUAGUGUGUUGCUUUCUGCUUCUUACACAGGGGUCAAGCCAUACCAGUGUGACGAGUGCAACUACUGUACUAACCGUGCAGAUGCCCUGCGCAUCCACAAGGAGACACGCCACCGUGAGGCUCGCUCUUUCAUCUGUGAACAGUGUGGGAAGGCCUUUAAGACCCGCUUCCUC